AUGGCUCAAACUUCCAACUCGGAAGGUCAAAAUAUCAAGGAACUUAAUGCCAUCUCUACUCGAAGUGCUAUGAAUUUUGACACGCCAUCAACAAGUACAACCACUUCGAGUAAUGAAGAAUCGGCUCAGGAGAAAGAAGAGCCAACAAAAAUUCUGCAAGUGCCGGCCUACGCCAAGGUUAUCAAGGAUCUGUGCACCAUAAAGAGAAACCACCAUGUCAAGAAAACUGCAUUCUUGACGGAACAAGUAAGUGCGGUGAUUGAGCAGAAGACACCGCCGAAGUAUAAGGAUCCAGAGAUUAAGCCCACAUCUAUAGUUCUGCAACUAGCCGAUAGAUCCAUUAAGAGACCACAGGGAAUAGUGGAAGAUGUUCUAUUACAAAUCGACAAGUUUUAUUACGCCGUGGACUUUCUUGUCAUGGAUACACAAUCCGUGGUGAAUAUGGAGUCAUCCAUUCCCAUCAUUCUAGGAAGACCUUUCCUUGCCACAGUAAAUGAACUUAUCAAUUGUAGGAAUGGUCUCAUGAAGAUAUCUUUCGGGAAUAUGACCCUUGAGGUGAAUACUUUUCAUAUUCAAAAGCAAUCACAUGAUGAUAACAAGUGUCACCAAACAUUUAUGAUCGACACACUUGUCGAGGAAGAGGUUCUGCUGCAAAGCAACUCUGAAGAUCUUGAAAACCUCCUCCAAAAUUAUGAAUCUGAGAGUUCCGGUCCUUGUGAGGUGGCUAACAUUUCUACCAUUUUCAAAGAAUCACAAGACAGAGGAACCAAGCUUGGGCCACCAUGUUUUGUGGAGCUCCCAACAGAAGGAGAAAAACUAAAAUCAUCCACCGAGGAGGCUCCAAAAGUCCAGCUAGCCCAACUACCUGAAGGCUCAAAACAUUUGUUCUUGGGAGAUGAAGGCACAUUCCUAGUCAUCAUCUCAUCUAAGCUCGAUGCAUUGCAAGAACAACGAUUGAUCGACAUGCUGAAAGAGCACAAUUCCAGGAUCAAGGUAAAAAUGAAAGCAGCUCAUGACAAGUAG